GGCGCACUUUUCCAUCGGCUCAAAACGGGCGCUGCCGCCGCGGAACAUUCAAAAAUCAUAAAAAUCGUAAAGCGACAGCAAUUCGAAUAAAAAUAAAUUAGCAUAUUAUUCCGUCGAUUUAAUGUCCGGCCAGUGAGUGAAGUGUUUGGAGCAGCAGCAGCCGAUCCAAGACAUACGCGAUGGUGCAGUUCCAGGGCAAGGCAGGCGCCGCUGGUGAGCUCAUUCACAUGGUGACCCUGGACAAGACGGGCAAGAAGUCCUUUGGGAUCUGCAUAGUGCGAGGGGAGGUGAAGGACUCACCCAACACGAAGACCACUGGGAUAUUCAUCAAAGGCAUCGUACCCGAUAGUCCUGCCCACCUGUGUGGCAGGCUGAAGGUGGGCGAUCGCAUCCUCUCGCUGAACGGCAAGGAUGUGCGACACUCCACCGAGCAGGCGGUCAUCGAUCUCAUCAAGGAGGCGGACUUCAAGAUCGACCUGGAGAUACAGACGUUCGACAAGAGCGAGGAGCAGGCCAAGACCGAUCCGCGCAGCAAUGGCUACAUGCAGGCCAAAAACAAGUUCAAUCAGGACCAGGUCCCCGUUAACACUAUGGGGAUGGGCCAGAGCAUGGGGCAGGGCCAGGGCCAAGGGCAGGGGCAAGGCAUGGGCAUGAACAGGCAGCCCACGAUGCAGAAGCGGAACCAAACCUUCACGGCCUCCAUGAGAAACAAGCACGCGGCAAGCAACUAUGCGGACGAGGACGAUGAAGACACCCGCGACAUGACCGGACGCAUCCGCACGGAGGCGGGGUACGAGAUCGAUCGUGCCUCUGCAGGCAACUGCAAGCUAAAUAAGCAGGAGAAGGAGCGCGACAAAGAGCAGGAAGACGAGUUUGGAUACACGAUGGCCAAGAUCAACAAGCGGUACAACAUGAUGAAGGAUCUGCGCCGCAUCGAGGUGCAACGUCCGGCCAGCAAGCCGCUGGGAAUCGCCCUGGCCGGCCACAAGGAUCGACAGAAGAUGGCCUGCUUCGUGGCGGGCGUGGACACCAACGGCACAUUCGCCAGCGUGGACUUCAAGGCCGGCGACGAGAUAGUCGAGGUGAACGGCAACGUGCUGAAGAACCGCUGCCACUUGAACGCCUCUGCCAUAUUCAAGAACGUGGAAGGAGAGAAGCUCGUAUUGAUCACGUCACGACGCAAGCCCAACGACGAGGGCAUGUGUGUCAAGCCCAUCAAGAAGUUCCCGACGUCGUCCGACGAGACCAAGUUCAUCUUCGACCAGUACCCAAAGGCGCGCUCAGUUCAGGUGCGUAAGGAGGGCUUCCUGGGCAUCAUGGUAAUCUACGGUAAGCACGUGGAGGUGGGCAACGGCAUCUUCAUCUCGGACUUGCGCGAAGGUUCCAAUGCAGAGGCGGCGGGCGUCAAAGUUGGCGACAUGCUGCUGUCCAUCAACCAAGACGUGACCCUGGAGUCGAACUACGAUGAAGCAACGGGGCUGAUCAAGCGGGCCGAGGGCGUUGUGACCAUGAUCCUUCUGACACUCAAGAGCGAGGACUCCAUACGCGCCGAGAAGGAGGCGGAGGAUAAGAAGAAGGAGGAGGCCAAAAAGGAGGCGGAGAAGCCGCAGGAGCCCGCGACAGCCGAGAUCAAGCCAAACAAAAAGAUCCUCAUUGAGGUGAAGGUUGAGAAGAAGCCGCUGGGCGUCAUAGUGGCUGGCGGCAAGAACAACCACGUCAAGACUGGCUGUGUCAUCACACACAUCUACCCGGAGGGAGCAUUGGCCGCGGACAACCGUCUCAAGAUCUUCGAUCACAUCACCGACGUCAAUGGGAAGCCGGUACACGUUGCGAACAUGACCACGCUGAAGGUGCACCAGCUGUUCCACGUGACUUACGAGAGAACCGUCAAUUUCACCGUCUUUCGCGCCGAUCCGCCCGAGCUGGAUAAGUUCAACGUGGAGCUCAUGAAGAAGGCGGGCAAGGAGCUCGGCCUCUCCCUCUCGCCCAACGAGUUUGGCUGCACCAUCGCGGAUAUCGUACAAGGCCAAUAUCCAGAGAUCGACAGCAAGCUGCAACGCGGAGACAUCAUUACCAAGUUCAAUGGCGAUGCACUGGAGGGGCUCACUUUCCAGGUGUGCUACGCACUUUUCAAGGGCGCCAAUGGAAAGAUAUCGAUGGAGGUGACUCGACCGAAGCCCACGCUGCGCACCGAAGCGCCCAAGUAAUAGGCAGAGUCGAACACUCGCGAAUACAUCCUCCAGAGCUGCGACAGCAGUCCAUUGAAUAAAAGAUCCGACAACUCUUAAGUGAAAA